AUGCAGCAGAAGCUUAAAGUCACUGUGGGCCAUGUCUUCAAGCACAGCGCAAGCUUGUCACUCCUGAAUGCUGGCGAUCAGCUCCGGGCAAAUACCGACUUCAUGCGCCGCCUGAGACAAGGCCGGCACGAGCGACUCCGCCGAGAGCUCCGCCGCCACAACGUGUCGGCCGCCGUGAUCUUCGACCCCAUCAACGUCAGGUAUGCCGUGGACUUCAGAAGCAUGAUUCCCUUCUACCUGCGUAAUCCUACACAGUAUCUGGUAGUGCCAGCUGACGAGACGUCCAAGUCGCUACUGUUUGCCGGCUCUUUUGGUUCCGAUGCCCUUCUGGCGGACUUCAAUGGAACCCUGGAGUUUCACCCAGCUGUAGGUGCAACCAUGGCCUCUGCGGGCCCUCGCGAGGAUGAGAAGAUCGACCUAUGGGUCGAGGAGAUGGAUAAGAUCCUCGGAAAGCUGGCAGCCACCAGCCCCCACGGCAAGCGCGUGGCCAUUGAGCGCUUUCAGGAGCGCGCUACACGAGGAUUGCGAGACCGCGGCUACGACCUGAUCGAUGCCCAGAUUCCCAUCGAGUACGCGCGCAGCGUCAAGUCUGAAGAGGAGAUCACGGCGAUCCGCUACGGGAUCAAGGUUGUCGAGGAGGGCGUCCACCGCCUCCGAGAGGCACUGGCCAAGCCGGAGGUGAACAUCACCGAGAACGAGGUUUGGAGCAUCCUCCAUGCAACCGUUGUGGCAUGUGACGGCGAGUACGUGGAGACCAGGCUCUUCAACUCGGGUCCAAAGACGAACCCGUGGAUGCAGGAGAGCGGCACUCGAAAGAUCACAGCGGGGGAGACUGUGCAGCUGGACACAGAUGUGGUGGGGCCGUUCGGUUACUACGUGGACUUCUCCCGGACGUUCACGGCAGGCUAUGGCUUCGAAGGCUUCCAGCCCUCGGAGGCCCAGAAGAAGCACUACCGCCUCGCGCUGGAGAUGGUCGCGCACAACAUGGCGCUUCUGAAGCCGGGCGCGACCUUCGCGAACGUGACCUUCAAUGCCUGGCCCAUCCCCGAGGAGUUUCAGGACCACAAGUACCACGUGCAAACCCACGGCACAGGCAUGACGGGUGAGUACCCGUACAUCUUCCACCCCUCGGAUUGGGAAAGCCAUGGCUACGACGGCGAAGUGGUGGAAGGCAUGACGCUGAGCGUCGAGGCCUUUAUCGGCUCCAAGUUCGGAGGUGAAGGGGUCAAGUUCGAGCAGCACGGGGUCAUUCGGAAGAACGGCUUCGAGCUGCUUUCCACCGGCGUGCCGCCGGAGGAUUACCUGCUCGCCGGCGAGGAGAAAUUUUGCGUCUCCAAGUGA